UCUUCUCCUACAAAAGAGAUUUUAUUUUGUUCUCGAUGCAAUUCUAUCUUUCAAACAGAGAGAAGAAUUAAACUGCAAUUUGAUAAGAUACUGGCUGUUUAAAUGUCAACGUAAACGAUGUUUCGCCUUUGAAUGAGAGCGUAAUAAAGUCGGGUUUUAUGCAAACAUUUUAUAAUCUGAUAGUUCAUUGUUUGACACGUGUCUUCAUACAGGCCUGUAGAGUCUGUUUAAAGUUAUUUAUUCCUCAGUGUGGCGUUAAGGGCAGGCUUUUAACGGCCGUCUUUGCCGUGUUAUUCAUCAGUGUUGCAUUUGGCUUUUAUUUUUCCCCCAAACUUUAAUUCAUUGGUCUUUUCCAACAUGAGCGUCUGCUCACUUGUUUUAUCAUUAGAAGCAAAAAAAAAGUGUGAAUAAACCACAGACCUGCUCUGAAUGGGCUUUUAUUCUAUUAACUGCGCAGACUAUUUGCACUCAUCGCCUAUCAUAACGUGCACAAGAGAUUCUGAUCGAAUUAUUUCUGUACACUAUCCUCGCAGAGAUUGCGCUCUCAGCAUGUCACUUGUUGUAUUGUUUAGGAGCCCGUUGGUUUUUUGCCGCAAUGGUCGUUAACCUCUGAAUGACCCCGUGUGGAGCCCACGCCUCAGAAAGCGCUGCAGACAGGCAGUGCAACAGUUGAGCCAGAGGAUGGCGCACCACGACAAUCCAAAACACCCGAGCCCUGCCUCGGAGUUUGCCCUAGCCAAGAGCGCAGGGAGGCGCGCACCCUUCACAUCCCACCCAGUAUUUCCUUUGUGCACGAGUUUACCUCUGGAGGUCACCAAGCAGGAUUUACGACUGGUCAACAAAAGCACGUGAUUCUCCGCCGUACCCCAUAUUUGGGUGCCUACGUAAGAGAGAAUCAAGUCCAUGUCCCACUCAUUUCCAUAAUUCAUCAUAAAUUGUGCAAGGGUGCUAUAGGACGCGCUAAACCAAAAGAGCCACAAAUCAAGCACACAGGUUUAUGCUAUUUUACCUCCAAACACAAUUAAAAAAAUAGCAACAAUACUUACAGCGAUCAAACGGUGGAAUUGUCAACAAAUGAGCUCCUAUUUUGUGAACUCAUUCUGCGGACGCUAUCCCAAUGGCGCGGACUUCCAGUUACAUAAUUAUGGAGACCAUAGUACGGCAAACGAGCAAUACAGAGACUCAACAGCCAUGCACUCCAGCAGGUACGGCUAUGGCUACAACGGGAUGGACCUAACAGUCGGACGGGCCGGUGCCGGACACUUUGUGGGCAACGAGCGGACGAGGGGCUACUCCCCGAGUCACUCAGCGGCGACAACACCCUCCGUGGAGCCUGUCAGGUACACCCAGUCCGCCAGCAGCACCGGGACAUCGUCUCUAUCGCCACCACCUGAGCCACUACCGUGCUCCUCUGUCGCCAGCUCGUCUCCGGUGAGCGACACUCAGUCUCAACACCGAGCCGUGAAAAACUCUAUAGCCACCCCGUGCUCAACCCCGUGCUCGAGCUCGAACGGAGGCACGCUGCUGCUCAGCCGGGACUGUGUGUCCAAAGCUUCCCCCCUGGAGGAAGAGAAGCCUGCGGGAAGCGCACCGACAACUCCUCAAAAUGUUACCGACUCAGCACAGCCUCAGAUAUACCCGUGGAUGAGAAAACUACAUAUAAGUCAUGACUUGUCAGGACCAGAGGGCAAGAGAGCCAGGACUGCGUACACCCGGUACCAGACCCUGGAGCUGGAGAAGGAGUUCCACUUCAACCGCUACCUGACCCGCAGGCGGAGGAUCGAGAUAGCCCAUGCCCUCUGCCUCUCAGAGAGACAGAUCAAAAUCUGGUUUCAGAACCGCAGGAUGAAGUGGAAGAAAGACAACAAGUUGAAGAGCAUGAACAUGGCGGCUGCAGGCGGGGGAGGCUACAGGCCUUGAUAUUCACUCUUCUCUAUCCCUAAUAUCGAGCACUAUGAAAAUAAAACAAAGAUUGUCAUAUCAGCUUUUCCUCCUCCUCUUCCUCGUUCCAAAAGCGCAGAGACUUUGUUAACGGGCUGUGUGCGGGACAAGGGGACACCCCACAUAAGCCCACUGUAUGUCCAACAAACGUCCCCUUAUAUUCCUUAAUAUUAUUUCCUUUUUAUUUCCACCGUGGUAAUGCUUAUGUGAGUAAGAAAAAAUAAAUAAAUGCAUUAUGUACAGAUCUGUCUAGAUUUAGAGAAAAAAAGAAACACAUGAAAAUAAAUGUUUGUUUUAAAUUAUUUCUUGUUAAGACAAAAAAAAAAUCAUAAUAAUGAAAAAAAUAAUCAAAGCUUGAAAUGCUACCUACUUACCUACCUACCUACCGCAAAUAAAUCCAGUAAAAGUUAUGUGAUGCACUCAGAACAACAACAUCUUAUUAAAUAAAGGGUUGGAGUCGAGCUGCCUUUGUGUUUAGCCUUCGUUUUCUAUGUAUGCACUGUAUAUGUAUGUAUUUAUUUGUUUGAUGUAUUGUACCAACUUGUCAGACAACUUGCUUCCAAAAGUAGAGACAGCAGAGUACGUAAAGCCUUGUGUGGUUAUUGUGUGCGUUGUGAACACGUGUGGACAGAGGUGCCGACUCAGUCUUGUAUGUACAGUAGCUGUGCCUUGUAUCUUUGUUUUCUUUUCAUUGUUAUCGUUGUUGUUGUUGCAGGAGCUGCUCUUUGCUUUGUUCACCUGGGCGCAACAUCUUCGUAAAAAUCGUGUUUUUGGUUUUUUUUUGUUUUUUUUUAUUUUUUUGUCUUUUUCCUCCCUGGCUGUUUUUAUGUGGAGGUUCCCACAGUAAAUUCCAUUGCCUAUGUGUAUAACUCCAUCGUGAUUAGCUUUUUGUAAAUGUUUUUCAAAGACUGGAAGUCAAGAAUAUACUAUAAUAAUAAUAAUAAUAAUGAUUAUGAUGAUGGCCAUUAUAAUAAACUUUGUACUGGAACGGCAACACUACAGUGAGUGUAUGUUUUGUAUGAAUACUCCAGAUUCGUUUGCGCUUUUACCUCGACUGCUCCAAGGAGUAGAAGUGUUUGCUGUCUAAAAUCUCGAAGUCGCUUGUCAAAGUUUCCUCAAGUUAAAUCUCCUCGAAUUCAACAGGUUCUCUUGAAUGAAAGCUUUAUGUUUUACUCACCUUGCUGCUGAGUGAAGGGGCUUUUUUUUGAGGGUGGGGAUCCUUGGCCACUGAGCGGCUCCAGGGGCCGUGCGUCCCUUUGCGCACAGACUCCUGGGCUAUUCCCGGAGAAUCAGUUCGACUUUUCAAGCUGUAAACUUUAUUAGGGCCGAUUCUGCUUCUCUGACAUUUGGGUGCUAAAUGAAUGGGGGGUUUUGUCUAUGAAUUAGAUCGUAAAAAUCAUCCGAAGCGCGGCCAGAUAGGCUCACUGGCCAUAAACGGUCACGUGGUAGCCAUUAAAGUAAGUUUUAUGGUUUUGGGGAGUUGACAGUAUAUUGCACAUAACAUAUAAUCGCACUGACGGCGAGGCUCCGUCUGACUCUCUCUUUGCAGCCUGUAAGUGUUACUUGUCCGGUACAGACCGUCUCUGUUGCUCAGUCUGCCUCAGUAUGGACCGGACGCUCUCCAGGAUGAGGACCGCGUCUCUGGGUAAGUUUGUGCACACGAUCCGGUAGCCCGAAAACAGCCAGCCUGUGUUGAGCCUGACAGUCUUAUUAUUGUAUUCGCUCCCUCUGUCCGUCCCUAUUAGACCAUUACACUAAUUUGUCAGUUGUGCAGUGCUGAAUACUGGUCUCGGCAGAUGUUGCGCAGGGUUGGGUCCGGCUCAUGGCUAUUUAAUUGCUUCCUUCCCCGUGUAACUUGUUUCCCUCCAUCUGUGGUGUAACUCAUAAUCCAUUUUUACAUGUUGGGUAAUUAUCUCUGUGUCCAUUUCCACCCCCACAAACUUCUAGUUGUUGUCGUUUUAUUACAUUGGAGAAUUCACAGACCGUGAGCCUGAAAGUUUCCAAAGGGGUGUGUGGAUUUGUCUUGAUAAAGUUAAGCGCUAAUGCAGGCCUCCAGAUUUACAACUAUCCCCGUUUGAUCGGAUUCUGUAUGCGCUGUUGAGUUUUGGAAGUUGGAGGUUCAUCCCUGAAAAAGUUUGUUUCUUGUGGUUUUUUCCCCCCCUGAACGCUGCUCUCCACAUGUUGGCACCGUAUAUGGCUUUAGGACAGGCUGUAAACAGUGUCAAGUAAACACAACAUGGGAACAAACAGCAGCAGGGAGACUUUUGAAAAGGAAUUCCGUUUUGUGUCUGCCACGUCGUUUUGUGUUUGGGGUUGAAAAGUUCAGAUGACCCCUCAAAAGUCACUCUCGCUUUGUGGUGACCUCUUGUGCGCUCAGUGCCGGGACGAUCCCGGUCACCAGUGGACCCUGAGACAAAAAAAUGGACUGGAAACAGCAAACAAAUUUUAAAAUCUUUUCUCACAAAUUCCUUGGAUGCACUGAUGUUGUCUCUUUAUUUUUCUGAACCACCUUUUGUAAUGAAAAGACAUGUGGGUCGAUGCGCCCCUUUUUGAUUUGACAUUUCUCCUCCGAAUAUGCACUAAAACAUCUAAAAAAUCGGCAAUUACUAUUUGAGUUGUGUGAAUUUUUGGCAGAAAUACAUUU